CAAUUGCGAAAAGGAUGUCCAUUCAGUAUGGUGUUUUCCUUGAUUUAUCAUAGACCAGGAGCAGUGGGCUGCGGGUUGUUUUGAUUGAGGAAGGUCAUUUGCAUUAUUGGAGCCCUAAUAGAGCUAGCUUCCCUGUAAGAAUUUAAUGGAUAAGACUAUGACAUCUUAUGAAUUAGUGUGUUUAUUUUUAUAAGGAUCCAUCCUCAUGCUCAUUCUAAGACAGUUGCCUCUAUUAGCUUCAGUAGCUUGUUGAGGUUGGGGGUUCAACCCUCAGCUUCUGAGCCUGGUGUCAAAAUUUCUCCUUCAGUUCUUCUCUAGUUGUUCCUUGAGAAACUUUGGAGCUCUCGAAAGAUUCAACCACUUUCAAUUUCCAUGGGCCAAAAAGGUGGCCUGGAGUACCAGGAAAUUAGCAAGGAAGCCCCUAAAGCUAGUAAACUCCAUAGAGUUUCAAUAAUCCCCCUGAUCUUCUUAAUCUUUUAUGAAGUUUCUGGUGGGCCCUUUGGAGUAGAAGACAGUGUUCGAGCUGCUGGUCCAUUCUUAGCCAUCGUUGGCUUUAUAGUAUUCCCAUUCCUAUGGUGCAUUCCAGAAGCUCUUAUUACUGCUGAAUUGGCAACAAUGUUUCCGGAGGAUGGUGGUUAUGUCGUUUGGGUCUCUUCUGCGUUGGGUCCUUACUGGGGUUUUCUGCAAGGAUGGAUGAAAUGGCUCAGUGGAGUUAUAGAUAAUGCUCUAUAUCCAGUUCUAUUUCUAGACUAUCUCAAAUCAGGGAUUCCGGCUUUAAGUGAAGGGAUACCGAGGGCUUUGGCGGCUUUAGCUCUGACAAUAGCGCUAACUUAUAUGAACUAUAGAGGCUUAACUAUAGUUGGUUGGACAGCUGUUUGCCUUGGAGUCUUCUCGAUGCUUCCAUUUGUUGUUAUGGGAUUUGUUGCUAUUCCGAGCCUACAUCCCUCAAGAUGGUUUGUACUUGUUAAUCCAAGAACUAUCAAUUGGAGCUUGUACGUGAACACUCUCUUUUGGAAUUAUAAUAAUUAUGAUUCAAUCAGUACACUGGCAGGAGAAGUCGACAACCCAAGAAAAACCCUACCGAAAGCACUCUUUUAUGGAUUGAUCUUGGUUGUUACGGGGUGUUUGUGUCCUCUUAUAAUUGGCACUGGGGCUCUUCCGCUUGAUAGAGAGCGAUGGACUGAUGGUUAUUAUUCGGAUAUUGCAAAAAUUAUUGGUGGUGUUUGGUUGAGAUGCUGGGUUCAGGGUGCUUCAGCAUUGUCCAAUAUGGGGAUGUUUGUCACAGAGAUGAGUACUGACUCCUAUCAACUUCUUGGAAUGGCAGAGCGAGGAAUGCUUCCAGAAGUCUUUGCCAAGAGGUCUAGGUAUGGAACUCCUCUUUUGGGGAUCUUGCUCUCCGCCUCUGGUGUGCUUUUUCUGUCUUGGAUGAGCUUUCAAGAGAUUCUUGCUGCUGAUAAUUUCCUCUACUGCAUUGGAAUGCUUCUGGAAUUUCUAGCCUUUAUCAAGUUAAGAAUGAAGUACCCAAUGGCUUCUCGUCCUUACAAGAUUCCUUUGGGAACCGUUGGUGCAAUUUUGAUGCUUACACCUCCUACCACAUUGAUAUGUGUCCUUAUAGCUUUUGCAUCUUUCAAAGUCAUGCUUUUAAGCUUGGGUGGCAUACUGAUCGGAUGUGCAUUGCAACCCUGCCUAAAGUUUGCGGAGAAGAAGAGUUGGAUGAGAUUUUCAACAAGUCCUGACCUCCCUGAUUUUGAAACAGAUGAACAGGAGAAUGAUGGUGAAGCUCUAAUACACUGAGUUAUGUCCAACAAGGAAUGUUGUCAAGUUUGUACUGUCAAAAGCAGUUUCUUGUUGAUCUUUACACAAUAAGUUAUCUUCCUGGUGUGCGGCUCUUGCAGAUGGUAUGAGAGAAAUACAUGGAAGUGUUGAGCUUCACGAUGGCACAGUUUCUUUUUCCAGACUCGAGUAGGCCCGCUAAUUAGGAAAACUAAAUGGUUUCCUAACCCACUCCAGUAAUUUGCCUAUCAGGGUCUAGCUUGAAACCAGGUCCAAUGAUCUCCAAAUUGGGCUCGAAAUUUGUCGCCUCACCAAUAUGUGUUAUAUAUGUUUUACAAUUUAGAUAGGUUUUGAGAUGGGUGAAAAUUUACAUCUGUAAGUUUUUAUUAUUAUUCCCAAAUUUGACCUAUGUGUACCAAUCAAAUUAUUGUCAAACAAACAUGGUUUGUCAUUAUUUUUAGUUGAUUUAGUAAAUCUUAUUGAGUUGAAUUUAAAAGA